AUGAAUUAUACAAGUUAUCUGUUAGCUUUUCAGCUUUGUAUCAUUUUGGGUUCUUCUAGCUGCUUCUGCCAGUCUACUGUUUUGAAAGAGAUACAGAACCUAAAGGAAUAUCUUAACGCAACUGAUUCAGAUGUAGCAGAUGGUCGCCCUCUUUUCUCAGAAAUUUUGAAAACUUGGAAAGAGGAGGGUGACAAAAAAAUCUUUCAGAGCCAGAUUGUCUCCUUGUACUUGAAAAUCUUUGAAAACUUAGAAGGUAACCAGAUCAUCCAAAAGAGCAUAAACACCAUCAAAGAAGAUCUCUUUGUUAAGUUCUUCAAUAGCAGCAUCAACAAAUGGAAUGAAUUCCUAAAGCUGGCUAAAACUCCGGCAAAUGACAGGAAGAUCCAACGCAAAGCCAUAAAUGAGCUCACCAAGGUGCUGAAUGAUCUGUCACCUACAUCUAACCUGAGGAAGAGAAAAAGGAGUCAGAGUCCGUUUUUUGUCCGGAGAGCAUCAGAAUAA